AUGGAGAAGGAAUGCGCACAAGAGUUUCUUGACAAGCUAAAGGAACUGCUUCAACGCACUCGAGACACUCCCGCAAUCAAGAGCGAUCCUCUGUUUCGAGAGCUUUGGCCAAAGGCCAAGGUGCUUUAUCAAGGCAUCAGGCUUGAGUAUUUUGACUUCAGUCCCCUUCCAGCCUCGCUACUCAACUUUAGACCUCCUAAAGAUGCUGACGCUGCUGACAUUACAAAAAGUCUCUGUAGAGGACUUCUUAAGGACGCUUCAGCUUUGACUUUGUCAGAUGUCGGUGAGCCCAGCAGCGUCUCUGCACCUGUAGCAACGCAGGACACAGCUCAACAGGAAGCAUCAAGUCAAGUCAAUUCGAACAAGACAGGGGGCACAGUGGCCAGUCCGAGCGUCCUUCCAAGACAGCAAGCAUCCUCCACCCUUGACACGCCCCAGACUUCACAACGUUCCGUCAAUAUGCGAACUGCUGCAUCACAGUCGGGCACACCAAGGACGAGCAAACAAGCUCUUCAACCUGUUACAUCAUCAGGGAAGAGCACACCAGUGUCCAAGGCUCCACAAGCAUCUGAGUCGCUGAAACGCUCUGCCACUGCGCUAUCAAAGCCUUCUAUGUCAUCUGCAAGCCAGACUGAGCCUCCGAAAAAGCAGCAAAAGACGGAGAUGACGAAAAAUACUGACACCUCUACACGCAGACAAUCUCCAACCAUAUUGGGUGCCGCUGUCAACGGGCAUGCUCCUCCGGUACCCAAAACACUGCCGAACAGUCAAGUCAACGUCAAGCCUGCAGAAAAGAGUUUGAGCCAGCAGAAUAAGUCUCUAGCCGAUGAUGGGCGGCGAGUAACGAGGCUUGAAAGUGAACUUGAACAGAUGCAAGAACGGCUGGCCGCUAUCUUGUAUGAGCAAGGCAAGAAACAUCAAGCUGAGAUGGAGCAACUCGAGGGCCGCUUGUCAAGAUCAUAUCAGCUACAGCUGGAAGGGAUGGAAGCUAGAUUGGAAGCACGAAAUCAAGAAUCUCAAACACGGUCGCUGAAAGAGUUUGAGGCGAAGCUGCUUACUAGAGAUACUAUCGCUCCUGCAUCCAAGUCUAUGCGAAGUGAAAUGAACAAGGGUAUGCAAGAGGAUGCCCCAUCACAGGCGGCACUCAAGCGACUGACGGCGACAACAGAAGGCCUCGUUCAAGAGCUCGCAACCUACAAGAAGCAUGUGUCAGACCACAGCGACCUUGGAAGGAAGCUUGAUCUUAGGCUUCAGGCAGUCACGACGAGAACUUCAGAUGCCUCUUUGCAGCGUUUCUUCUCCGAAUGUGCGGCGGAAUCGUUGACAUUGCUAAAACAAUCACAAGCAGAAGCGCUCGAAGACCGACUGAAGCGCAUCCAACAGGAACUCGCUGGACGCGUUGACCAAGCAGAGAUCAGUCUGCGUGAGUUUUGCAAAAAUCUUUCACAUGAGCUGCAAGAGCAGCCAAGUAAGAAUGCAAACACGAAUGGUGAUCUGAGCGUGAACGCAGCUUCGGCAGUGAAGAUCAUUACGGCGGGACUAGCCAGACUGGUUCCCCGCGUCGAGUCGGUCGCCAAAGAUGCACAAGUGUCACUGGAGACUACAAGCAAGCACGACAAGUGGUUCAGGAAUAUGUCAAAAAGUAUCACCUCACAACAAGAGACAUUGCACGCAUUGAAGAAGCACACGAGCAACCAUCACAGCUUCAUGAGCGGGCUGUGCAAGACGCUUGGUUUUCAAGCACAGUGCGGCGAAGAUGAUACGGAGCAGGCGUUUGAGAUGCCGUUGCUGGAUACGAUUGCUCAACGGCUGAACGGCCUGGAGAAGACUCUCGAGGGGGCACAGGGGCUGCUUCCGUUGGCGGCGCGGGCCAAAGCGAUAGCAGACGAGGCCCUGCGGCAGGACACAUGA